CACAGAGCACUGAGGCAUUGUGGGUAAAGAAGAAGCCAAGCUAACGGCGGCCGAUGCCACUUACGUCGCCCCCGAACGCAAUUUGACAAGUACAGUCGAUGACUGAAGAUACAUUUAAAAGGGCGACAUGUCAUCUUAGUUUAACGCCCGCCCUGCUUUGUGAAAGUGGACUUAUGUCGGCGUCGUCGCCUCUCUCCUGCGCACCGGCGCUGCAAGCAAACCAGACGGGGGCUCCCGUACGGAUCCACCGCGGCGUUUCCGUGCUCUUUUCCAGGGGAGACCAAUAAAAUAAAAUAAAGUCGCGGCGGAUUAUUAAACGGAGAGGGAGUGGAUGGGUGGCGGCGGUGAUCACGUCCGCGCUGCCGUGCCCCGCGUUGCCUGACCGCUAUUUAAUUUAUUUUUACCCCCUUUUGCGUCCGUCGAACACUCCUUGGGCUCAAAGAUGUCGACCAGCAGUCCCGAGGCGGUGAAGAAACUGCUGGAGAACAUGCAGACCGACCUGCGCUCGCUUUCCAUGGAGUGCAAGAAGAAAUUCCCCCCAGUUAAAGAGGCGGCCGAGUCUGGCAUUGUGAAGAUUAAGACAAUUGCAGCGAGGAAUAACGACAUACUAGCUGCUCUGAAGGAGAAUAGCUCCGAAGUGGUGCAGCCUUUCUUGAUGGGCUGCGGCACCAAAGAGCCUAAAAUCACCCAGCUGUGUCUGGCUGCCAUCCAGAGACUCAUGUCUCACGAGGUGGUUUCUGAGGCGGCGGCGGGCAACAUCAUCAACAUGCUCUGGCAGCUGAUGGAGAACGGUUUGGAGGAGCUGAAGCUCCUCCAAACAGUGCUGGUACUGCUGACCACCAAUACGGUGGUCCACGACGAAGUACUUUCCAAGGCCAUUGUGCUUUGUUUCCGUCUCCACUUCACCAAGGACAACAUCACCAACAACACGGCGGCCGCCACCGUCCGGCAGGUGGUCACCGUGGUCUUCGAGAGGAUGGUGGCUGAGGACGAGCGUUUCAAAGGUAUCGUGGAGCAGCCUCCUCCUGUCCAGGGCAAUACCAACAGGCGGUCUGUCACUACCUUGAGGCCAAGUGCCAAAGACGCAUACAUGCUCUUCCAGGACCUGUGUCAGCUGGUGAACGCAGACGCCCCCUACUGGCUGGUGGGGAUGACGGAGAUGACGCGGACGUUUGGCCUGGAGCUGCUGGAGUCGGUCCUCAACGAUUUCCCUGGCGUGUUCCUACAGCACCAAGAGUUCAGCUUCUUGCUGAAGGAGCGCGUGUGUCCGCUGGUCAUCAAGCUCUUCUCCCCCAACAUCAAGUUCCGACAGGGCAGCAGCAGCGCCGCCUCGCCGGCUCCCGUGGAGAAGCCCUACUUCCCCAUCUGCAUGCGGCUGCUGCGCGUGGUCUCCGUGCUCAUCAAGCACUUCUACAGUCUGCUGGUAACAGAGUGUGAGAUCUUCCUCUCUCUGCUUGUAAAGUUUCUGGAUGGGGAAAAGCCGCAGUGGCUCAGAGCUGUGGCCGUGGAGUCGGUACAUAGGCUGUGUGUGCAGCCACAUUUAUUACGUUCCUUCUGCCAAUCGUAUGACAUGAAGCAGCACUCCACCAAGGUGUUCCGAGACAUUGUCAAUGCCCUGGGCUCCUUUAUCCAGUCCCUCUUCAUCGUUCCUAAUGUGGGCAAUGCGUCAGCUGUCGGUGCACCAGCUGGUGGCUCUGGAUCAGGUCCCCAGGGCACAGCUCAGGGCGGUCCAGGCCCAGGGGGCGUCAGCGGGACCCUGACUACCCAGGCUGCAUUUGAAUACCGCGGCACCUGGAUCCCCCUGAUGACAGUCAGCGCCCAAGGCAGCGCCAAGGCCACCUACCUGGAAAUGCUGGACAAAGUGGAGCCGCCGUCCAUCCCCGAGGGUUACGCCAUGUCAGUCGCCUUCAGCGGCCUCCUGGACCUGGUCCGAGGCAUCACAACCAUGAUUGAAAAGGAGCUGGCAGCAGAGGAGGAAGCGGCGGCUGAGUCCAGGGAGGCCAGCCCGACCACAACUGGCAGCCACCACCUGGUGAGACGUGAUUUGGAAAUUAAGUUGUGUUGUUUGGGGUCAUCUUCCGAUGUCAGGCUGGAUUUUGGUAUAAUGGCUCAUUUGGUGUGGGAGGAGAUGGUCAGUGCCUGCUGGUGCGGUCUGCUCGCCGCCUUGUCUUUGUUGCUCGAUGCCAGCACCGACGAGACGGCCACGGAGAACAUCCUGAAGGCCGAGCUGACCAUGGCCUCGCUCUGCGGUCGCUUGGGCCUGGUGACUCCGCGCGACGCCUUCAUCACGGCCAUCUGCAAGGCUUCUCUCCCGCCGCACUACGCGCUGACCGUUCUCAGCAGCAACGCCGCCAACUUGUCCAGCAAAGCCUACUCAAUUCAGGGCCAGAAUGUGCAAAUUAUCAGCCCCUCAAGCGAGUCUCAUCAGCAGGUGGUAGCCGUCGGGCAACCACUCAGCGCCCAGCCCCAAGGAACCGUUGUGCUGACGGCCAAGAACAUUCAGUGCAUGCGGACGCUGUUGAACCUGGCCCACUGCCACGGCGCCGUGCUGGGCACCUCCUGGCAACUGGUUCUGGCCACACUGCAGCACUUAGUGUGGAUCCUGGGACUAAAACCAAGCGUGGGCGGUGCCCUCAAACCCGGCAGAGCCGUGGAGGGACCCACUACGGUGCUGACCACGGCUGUGAUGACCGACUUACCUGUCAUCUCCAACAUUCUCUCCAGGCUUUUUGAGAGCUCCCAGUACUUGGAUGAUGUUUCCCUUCAUCAUUUGAUCAACGCUUUAUGUUCUCUUUCGCUGGAAGCGAUGGAAAUGGCCUACGGGACCAACAAGGAGCCGUCGCUGUUCGCUGUGGCCAAGCUGCUGGAGACGGGGCUGGUGAACAUGGAUCGCAUCGAGAUUCUCUGGAGGCCUCUGACUGGACAUUUACUGGAGGUCUGCCAGCACCCCAACUCCAGGAUGAGAGAGUGGGGGGCCGAGGCCUUGACGGCCCUCAUUAAAGCCGGCCUGGACUACAAGCACGAGCCGCCGCUCGGACAGAAUCAGCGACUGCAGCUUCUGCUGCUAAACCCGCUGAAGGAGUUGUCCAACGUGCUCCACGCCGACAUUCGACAAAAGCAGCUGGAAAGCGUGUUGCAAAUCCUCCAGAGCCAGGGGGACAGUCUGGGCCCCGGCUGGCCCCUCGUCUUGGGUGUCAUAGGAGCUAUUCGCAACGAUCAAGGUGAGUCGUUGAUCCGAACAGCCUUCCAGUGCCUGCAGUUGGUGGUGACAGACUUCCUCCCCACCAUGCCUUGCACGUGCCUCCAGAUUGUUGUGGAUGUAGCCGGAAGUUUCGGCCUACAGAACCAGGAGCUCAACAUCAGUCUCACCUCAAUUGGCCUACUAUGGAACAUUUCAGAUCACUUCUUCCAAAGGGGUGAAGCCAUCACAAAAGAUUUGGACAGGGAAGAAGAGGCCCAGCAGAAGCAGGCCCGGGAGAAAGGCGAGACCCUCAACAGGCCCUUCCAUCCCGCCCCUCCCUUCGACUGCCUGUGGCUCUGCCUCUAUGCCAAGUUAGGCGAGCUGUGCGUGGAUCCGAGGCCCGCCGUGCGGAAAAGCGCCGGGCAGACGUUGUUUUCCACCAUCGCUGCGCAUGGCACCUUGCUGCAUCAGCCGACGUGGCACAUUGUGGUCUGGAAGGUGUUGUUUCACUUGCUGAACUGCGUCAGGACGUCGUCCACCACGGCGGACAAGGAGAAGAUCGAGUCCGGCGGCGGGAACAUCCUCAUUCACCACUCGCGUGACACAGCGGAGAAACAGUGGGCCGAGACUUGGGUGCUGACUUUGGCCGGGGUCGCCCGGAUUUUCAACACCCGGCGGUACCUCCUCCAAAAACUAGGUGACUUCUUUGAGGCAUGGGAGGUCCUCCUGACCCACAUCCAGUCAGCUGCGCUGAGCAAGAACAAUGAAGUGUCCCUCGCUGCCCUCAAGAGCUUUCAAGAGAUCCUGCAGAUCGUUACCCCUGCGAAAGACUCGGACAAAGCGGGCGACGCGUUUGCCGCUAUUGGCGUCCCGCCGGUCCUAAUCGAUCCCCUCUCGGCGUCCGGUCCCGGCAGACCGCUAGUGCGUUCGGAUUCGCUGGUGGAACGGCUGACCUGCUACAACGGCGCCGAGCUGCAGGCGCCUCCGCCCGGGGAGGAGUCGGCCUUGGAGGACUUAACGUUGUGGUGGUCGGCGUGGAACACGUGGUACCGCACGGGAACGGAUAGCACCAGGCCGCCUAGCGGCCAGACAGAGAAGCUCUCCUUCAUCCCCAGCCAGCCCUUCCUCACGGCGCUCAUCCAAAUUUUCCCGGCCCUGUACCAGCACAUCAAGGCCAACUUCAGCAUGGAGGACCUGAAGAAGCUGGGGGUCAUCUUCCACGGCGCCGUGUCUGUACCCAUCAGCAGCGACGCCUCCCCGUUCAUUCUGCCCUCCUACACCGAAGCCGUCCUCACCAGCCUGCAGGAAGCCGUGCUCACUGCUCUGGAUGUUUUGCAGAAGGCCAUCUGUGUGGGCCCAGAGAACCUGCAGGUCAUGUACCCGGCCAUCUUUGAACAGCUGCUACUCUUCGUGGAAUUCUCCUGCAAGCCUCCGCAGUACGGCCGGAUGGAAACCAAACACGUGGCCAAUGCCAAAUACAACCAGAUCCAGCUCUUUGCGCCGGCAGAGUGGGUUGCCUUAAACUACGUGCCCUUUGCCGAGCGCUCCCUGGAAGUGCUGGUGGAGCUGUACCACAAAACGGCAUGCCAUAAGGCGGUCAUCAACGAGAAGGUCCUGCAAGGCAUCAUUAAGACGCUGAGGAUGCCUCUGGGUUUGAAGUACGCGUGCCCGUCCGAGAGCACUUGGAAGUUGGCCGUCUCAUCCCUGCUCAAGGUUUUGUUCAUCGGGUUGCCGGUGGCCCGUCAGCACUCCGCCUCUGGGAAGUUUGACACCAUGUGGCCCGAACUGGCCAAUGCCUUUGAAGACUUUCUUUUCACCAAAAGCUCGCCUCCUGAUAAUUUGUCCAUUCAGGAAUUCCAGAAGAACGAAGCCAUUGAUGUAGAGGUGGUCCAGCUGAUCAGCUCGGAGAUUUUACCUUUUGCCAAUUUCAUCCCCAAAGACUUUGUGGGUCAGAUCAUGGCUAUGCUCAACAAAGGCUCCAUCCACUCACAGUCGCCUUCCUUCACAGAAGCGGAGAUCGACGUGCGCAUGCGUGAGGAGUUUUCCAAAGUGUGUUUUGAGACGCUGUUGCAGUUUUCCUUCAGCAACAAAGCGUCCACGCCGCAAGAGGGCUUCAUCUCGCGCAUGGCGCUCUCCGUGCUCCUCAAAAGGUCCCAGGACGUCCUGCAGCGCUACGUGGAGGACGAGCGCUUGAGUGGACGUUGCCCCCUGCCCAGGCAACAAGUGACGGAGAUCAUCUUUGUCCUGAAGGCCAUCAGUACUUUGAUGGAUUCACUGAAGAAGACCCAACCUGAAAACGUGGAUGACAAGACGUGGGCUCAAGUGAUCGCCUUGUACCCCACCCUGGUGGAGUGCAUCACGUGCUCCUCAUCGGAGGUGAGCUCAGCCCUGAAAGAAGCCCUGGGGCCCUUCAAGGACUUCAUGCAAGCCCCCAUCUCCAGAGUCCACAACGGAGACUCCUGACUUUUUUUUUUCUUUUUUUAAACGAUGAAAUCUUGAAUGUGUCUUCUCGAUCCAGGUGCUUUAUAAGUGCACACACACACAUGAACUCCACUCGAGCCACAUCCACAGUGACAUAAGGCGACCCAAAGUGACCUGAGAGGCCAAAGCAGACGAUCGGUCAUUGGCUGUCCCCGGUAACCUCCUCCCUCCAUUUUCAUAAACAGACUGACCCACACUCAAUGUACAGCGUGAGGUUGCUGAGGAAUCGAGGGGAGAAAGUUGGGCCUUGCUGGUCUGAAAAUGAACACAUUUAGUGUCUUGCAACAGUGACGAUUUUAUGCAAGGAAACAAAUCCGAGCUGCAACAUUCCAUGUCAUCUUGAGCCAGCCAUCUGUGAAGGGAUGUACGUACUGAAAAUAAAUGAGACCGUUCUAAAAUCA